AUGGCAAAAUUGAAGAUUAGACAAAAAUUCAAACACUCCAGAACGUUAGAAGACGAUUUUAAAAAUACUAUAGUCAUAAAAAACAAGUUAUUAAAAAAAAAGAAAAAAGGAAAGAAAGCAAGUGAGAGAAAUGUAAAAGGAAAAGGAAAAGGCGAUGACAUGCGUAAAAUAUUGAAUCUAGCAAAUAAACAAAAUGAAGAAGAAAUAUAUUCAGAUUAUGGAUACAAAACAGAUGAAGAAAAUUCUGAACAGGUCGACAAGUUUUUGGAAUUUAACGAUGACAUAGAAGAACAAAUAAGUGAUAAUACAAAAAUAGCGGAGUCAAAUAAUAAUGCGGAUAUUAAUGAACUGGAUAAAUGCAACAAUAUAUUAGAAGAUCUUAAUAUAAAAAUAAAUAAGAAAGUGUGUGAAAAAACGGACAGAAAAAGCAAUAAGAAGGAGCACAUUGAUCCACCUGAACAAGGCAAUAAAUUAAAUUCGUUGGUUGAAAAAUGUUAUAAAACUAUAGGAGAAGUAUUGGCGCAAUAUAAAAAAGGGAAAUUACACAAGGCACUUACACUUUUGGUUAAAUCACCAAAAUGGUUUGACCUUCUUUUAUUAACAAAUCCGAAGGAAUGGACAACUCAGGCAACUUUUGAAGUGACAAAACUUUUUUCAUCAGGACUAAAAGAGAAGGAUGUUUAUAUAUAUUAUGAACAUAUUUUACUUCCAAUAAUUUUGGAAAAUAUUGAGGAAAACAAAAAAUUAGAUUCAUUUCUUUAUAAAACAUUAAUAAAAGCGCUAUACAAAUCGAAGGCAUGGUUUAAAGGAAUUCUAUUCCCCGUGUUACAGAUGGAAUGCACAAAAAAGCAGUUAAUAAUUUUUGGAAGCGUAAUUCAAAAAAUGAGUAUUUCAAUCAACACGGUAAUUGAUGGCUUAAAUGAAAUUUUUACCUUUCCAUGGAAUACCAAUAUCUCUUAUUUAUUAAUUAUUUUCUUUAACAAAAAAUAUGCCUUUUCUAAAGAAUUUAUUAAAAAAUGCGUUGAAUACUUUGUCAAUUUUGAGAAAUAUGCUGACCCUUUGACAAUAAAUUGGCACAAGUCUUUGUUAACCCUUGUUCAGAAUUAUAGAGGCCUAAUGGAAGAGGUACACAUUGAUAAAUUGAAAUUCCUGUUGAAGAAAAAAAAUCAUCCACUGAUUACAAGUGAAAUACUGAAGUAUAUGUAUUCAUCAACUUCCCUAAUUAACAGUAAUGCGCUUAUGCACUUUAUAUGA